AAAAUACGACAAUGCUUGUACGGACCCUGCAAGUAGAGUGUUAAUUGAACUCCAUUGGCUCGGUAGAAAAUCUCAAGCGCACACAGAUGGAGCUGCCUUUCUUAGGCGAUACGCUGAUCGUACUUGUGUCUCAGCUAAUUUUCUUCAUCGGAGGAUGGCUGUUUUUCGUGAAGCAACUCUUCCGCAACUACGAAAUACGCCAUGUGUUCGUGCAGCUCAUCUUCUCGUCCACGUUGGCGCUCUCGCUGACAAUGUUCGAGCUAAUCAUCUUCGAAAUCAUUGGUUUCCUCGACUCAACAUCGCGGUACUUCCACUGGCGACUUGGGCUAACGCUGCUCCUGGUGAUGGUCAUCGCCGUAAUACCCUAUUUGAUCGCGUAUUCCUGUAUCAGCAAUGUGCGAAUCGUUCCAGCUAAAUGGGUUCAACCGCUAACGACACUCAUCUGGCUGUGCUAUCUGUAUGGCUUUUGGCGCAUUGGCGAUCCUUUCCCGCUGCUCAGCGUUAGCCGGGGCAUCUUCACGAUCGAGCAAGCCGUAUCGCGUAUCGGCGUCGUCGGCGUUACCGUAAUGGCCAUUCUGUCCGGAUUCGGUGCGGUGAACUAUCCCUACACCAGCAUGUCAUACUUCAUACGGCCCGUCUCGCAAAGCGACGUCCUGAAUCUAGAGCGAAGGCUUCUUCAAACGAUGGACAUGAUCCUGGUGAAGAAGAAGCGUAUCGCGCUCGAUCGUAGGAGGAACAAACCAAACCAAAAGCAAAGCAUCUGGGGCAUGAUUAGCAGCGUCACGCAGCGACCCGCCGGUGCUGAAAAUAUCGGGCAACUACGGUUGGAAAUAUCGGCCCUGGAGGAGCUUUCGCGGCAGCUUUUCCUAGAAUCCCAUUCGAUGAAAAACAUGCAAGAACGCGAACGAUGGGCAGCCACGUUGCAGGGCAAAUACUUCAACGUGCUGGGCCAUUUUUUCAGCCUGUACUGCUUGUGGAAGAUUUUCAUCUGCACAAUUAAUAUCAUCUUCGAUCGGGUGGGCAAAAAGGAUCCGGUUACCCGCGGCAUCGAGAUCGCGGUGCACUGGUGCGGCUUCGAGAUGGACAUCGCCUUCUGGAGCCAACACGUGUCCUUCCUGCUGGUGGGCUGCAUCGUCGUCACGUCGAUUCGCGGGCUGCUGCUAACGCUGACGAAGUUUUUCUACAAAAUCUCGUCCAGCAAAUCGUCCAACAUCAUCGUGCUGGUGCUCGCGCAAAUCAUGGGCAUGUACUUCUGCUCGUCGGUGUUGCUGAUGCGCAUGAACAUGCCGGCGGAGUAUCGCGUCAUCAUCACGGAGGUGCUCGGGGGACUGCACUUUAACUUCUACCACCGAUGGUUCGAUGUGAUCUUUCUAGUUAGCGCACUGGCGACUAUUGUCGUGCUGUAUUUGCUUCACAAGCCACCAAACGUCGACACUAGUAUGUAAAUAAGGUAGAGAUGUGCGCGUCUUUUUUGUUUUGUUCUCGUUCGUUUCGUACUGCCUGCCUCGAAGUAGGGCUCGAUAUCCAAUGCGAUGGACCAACUAAACUCAUAUGCUUCUACUCCUGCUGAAAAACAAAGAGAUUCUUUUCCAAUCUGCAGCUGAUGUCGUGCAAACGCGCACGAUAUUAACAGGCUGGGCUGCGAAGCUUUUCGUUUCUCAUAUCCGCUGCGCAUUAGGCGCUCUCG